AUGACACUGAUAGAUCGCUCACCCAAAAUGACUACUAUGGUGACGACGAAGAGCUCCCUGAACAUCAUCCUGGGCAGUAUCGGUGAGACGUCAGGGCACAAAAGCGAUGGCAACUGCGGCAAGAGCGUACACAAUGCCCGAACAUGUCAAAAUGAUGAAGAAGAGCCUUCUGAAUCUGGUAAGAGCAAAAUGUCUAGAGGUUCUCUAGUGGGUGGCGAUGAAAAUGAGUAG